AUGGCGAAUAGCCAUAACAGCCAUAACAUCGUAAAUGGACAGAAUCCUAUGCCAUCGGGUCUACUUCAACGAAGAAGGAUCAGUCAGCCCCUUCUCGGUCCGCACGAAAACCCCUAUGGCAUCAUGUCAAGUUCGACUUUGCCAAUGGCCGGCUUCGGUUCUCAGACGAUGCCUGGGUCUCACUUUCAGGAACAGCAGCUCGGCUUCGCAUUCAACACUACUUUCGAAGACCCUGCUAUCGAAAUGUUCAAUCCUUACCAGAUGCUGAACAACAAUCAUCCUCAAUUGCCAAGCAACACCUAUUAUGACAUGCCGUACUCUAGCACUUUCGGAAACUUCGUUGUUCCGGAGAGGUAUCAACAGAUGCGACCCUCUCCAAUGCAGCCUUCAAUGCAGCCUCCCAUGCAACCUUCAAUGCAACAUCCUACAAUGCGACGAAUGCCCACUGACGAGGGCUAUCGCUCAGGGGACGGUGAGGCAGGGGACAUCAAGACGGAAGAACCUGUCCACCCUUCACAAUUUCUAUACGAGGCAGCGCAGUAUCAGUCUUGCUCUGCAUCGCCUGCAGGGUCUGAAGGCUUGAGUGAACAGAAGCCUGCUGUGUUCAAUACCAACAUUGAUACCCUCAUGCGUGCAAUCCAGACACAGCAGCCAACUAAGCCUCCAGGGUCGAAGAAUGGUUCAACCUCGAUCGCGCCAAGUCCCAGCAAAGCGAGGAAGAAAUAUCAAUGCACCGUGCCCGACUGUGGGAAAAGUUUCUUCCAAAAGACACAUCUAGAGAUCCACACUCGGUCACACACGGGAGUGAGGCCUUUCUUGUGCAAGGAGGAAGGAUGCGGUGCGCGGUUCUCUCAACUAGGAAACCUCAAGACACACGAGCGCCGCCACACAGGGGAGCGUCCCUAUCACUGCGACAUCUGCGGCAAGACAUUCUCACAGCACGGAAACGUCCGCGCUCACAAGAUCGUCCACACAUCCGCCAAGCCUUUCACGUGUAAACUGGACAAUUGCAUGAAAACCUUCAGCCAGCUGGGAAACCUGAAAUCACAUCAGAAUAAGUUCCACGAAAGAACAAUUCGCGAGCUGAAGCAGCGCUUUGAGUCAUACCAAGACGGCGACGUUGUGGAGUUAUGGGAGAGGGAAAUGUGGGCGUAUUUCGUCGAUCUAUACAAGAACUGCAACAAGGGGAUCAAGGGACGCGGGAAAGAUAGGAGGGUCACUGACGUGACACGACGGGAAAGCACGCAAAGCUCUGGAAUUGAUGUGGAUGCUGGGAUGGGCCCUCCGACAACCCCAUCUCAGUUCAGUACACCUGCGAGAUGGUCUUAUGGCGUCGGCUGA